GCGGCGCGGCUGCCAUGGGGGGCCGCAACAAGAAGCAGCGGGCGGGCAGCGCGGCCCACACCGCCUCCGCCGCCACCGCCGCGGCCCGCGCCCGGGCCGCCGCCGAGGCCGGGGCAGCCGCCGCUGCGGAGACGGGCAGCCGAGCGGGGCCGCGGCCGCCGCCCGCCGCGAAGGAGCCGCGUGUCAAGCAAGGUCCAAAAACUUACAGUUUCAGUUCAACAGCAGAUUCUGGUGUUGCUGCAAAUCUAGAUAAAUCUGUUCUUAAGGUGAUGAUAAAUGGUAAUUUGGAGAAAAGGAUUAUUGAUGUAAUCAAUGACCAUAAAAAACAGAACGAUGACAAAGGAAUGAUCUCCAGAAGACUUACUGCUAAGAAGCUACAGGAUGUAUACAUGGCUUUACAAAGAUUCUCUUUUAAGACUGAGCACAUUGAGGAAGCAAUGAAAAAUACACUUCUAUAUGGAGGUGAUCUUCACUCUGCACUCGAUUGGCUUUGUUUAAACCUUCCUGAUGAUGCCUUGCCUGAAGGCUUUAGCCAGCAGUUUGAAGAACAGCAGCAGAAACCUAGAGCAAAGUUUUGUUCUUCUGUGUCAAGAUGCGAACCCCCACCUCGCUUAGCAGAUAACAAAAAGAAACAAAAUGGCCCUGAAACUAAGCAGACAUGUGUGGUGAAAGAAAAAGAAGUGAGUGUGAAGGAAUGGAUUUUGCGAUAUGCUGAGCAACAGAGUGAUGAAGAAAAGAAUGAGGCUGUGAAAGAGGCAGAUGAAGAAAAGUUUGACCCAAAUGAGAGGUAUGUACAUCUGGCUGCCAAGCUCUCAGAAGCAAAAGAGCGUGCAAGCAUCUCCAAGCAAGAGAAAGACAAGCCAGGCCAGAAGGAAGCACAAGAGAAAAUAAGAAGAAUUCAGCAAGAAAUGGCAAUACUUGAAGAACAUCCAGUAUUUAAUCCAGCUAUAAAGAUUACAAACCAACAACAAAAUGAAAAGAAAAAAACUCCCUCCACUCAGCCACAAGAAACCACUUUGGAUUUGAGCUUGCUUGAAAAACCUGAAGGUGCUGCAAAGGAAGAGAAAGUAAAGAAGAAAGAACCAUUAGAUGUAAGAAAUUUUGAUUAUAGUGCUCGAAGCUGGACUGGUAAAUCUCCAAAGCAAUUUUUGAUUGACUGGUGCAGGAAGAAUUUUCCCAAGAGUCCAAAUCCUGCAUUUGAAAAGGUUCCAGUUGGAAAAUAUUGGAAAUGUAGGGUCAGGAUUACCAAAUCAUCAGAUGACAUAAUGACAAUGUGUCCUACAAUCGUAACAGAAGAUAGUAUGCAAGCACAACAUCUAGCUGCUACUUUGGCACUCUAUCAUUUAACCAAAGGACAAUCAGUUCAUCAGUUGCUGCCUCCUACCUACCGAGAUGUUUGGCUAGAAUGGAGGGAUAUUGAAAAGAAAAAGGAAGAGGAAAACAAGAUAGAAACCAACAAACCUCGUGAUAACUUUAUUGCUAGAUUAUUAAACAAACUCAAACAACAACAGCAGCUACAGUCUGAAAACCAGUUAAAGGUAUCUGAGGGUCCUGAAGAUUCCUGGGAAAACUUAGUUUCUGAUGAGGACUUCAGCAGUCUCUCCCUUGAGACAUCAGAAACAGAUAAUUUGGAGCCUUCAAGGAUUUUGUUCAAAAAGCUGCAAAGUUCCUCCAGAUACCAGAGGCUUCUGAAAGAGAGACAGGAGUUACCUGUGUUUAAGCACAGAUACUCUAUAGUAGAAGUUCUUAAAAAACAUCGAGUAGUUGUUGUUGCUGGUGAAACAGGCAGUGGAAAGAGUACCCAGGUGCCCCAUUUCUUGUUAGAGGACUUGUUGCUGGAUGAAGGAUCACGUAAAUGUAACAUUGUUUGCACACAACCCCGAAGAAUCUCAGCGGUGAGUCUUGCAACCAGGGUUUGCGAAGAGCUGGGCUGCGAAUCAGGACCAGGAGGAAAAAAUUCCCUGUGUGGUUAUCAAAUUCGUAUGGAAUCAAGAACAGGAGAAGCCACCAGACUACUGUACUGUACAACAGGUGUCCUGCUUCGGAAACUUCAAGAAGAUGGUCUUCUUUCAAACAUAUCUCAUGUUAUUGUGGAUGAGGUACAUGAAAGAAGUGUCCAGUCUGACUUCUUGCUAGUUAUUCUAAAGGAGAUACUGCAUAAGCGUUCAGACCUGCAUCUGAUUUUAAUGAGUGCUACUGUAGACAGUGAGAAGUUUUCCAGCUAUUUCUCACACUGUCCCAUUUUAAGGAUCUCAGGGAGGAGUUACCCUGUUGAGAUUUUCCAUGUUGAAGAUGUAAUUGAAGCGACUGGCUAUGUUCUGGAGAAAGACUCAGAAUAUUGUCAGAAAUUCUUGGAGGAGGAGGAGGAAGUAACAAUAAAUGUUACUAGUAAAGGAGGAGGCACUACAAAGUAUCAGGAGCAUGUCCCAAUCCAGUCUGGAUCUGGUAUUGAUUUGGCUCCUUACUAUGCAAAGUACAGCAGUCGUACACAGCAAGCUGUCUUCUAUAUGAAUCCUUACAAGAUCAACCUUGAACUUAUUUUGGAGUUGCUUGCAUACUUAGAUAGGAGUCCUCAGUUCAAGAACAUUGAGGGUGCUGUGCUCAUCUUUUUACCAGGCCUUGCCCAUAUCCAACAACUGUAUGAUCUCAUUUCAACUGAUAGAAGAUUUAACUUGCGUGAGAGGCACAGGUUGAUAGCUUUGCAUUCUGUUCUGUCAACUCAAGAUCAAGCAGCUGCAUUUACAAUACCACCUCUUGGUAUUAGAAAGAUUGUUUUGGCAACCAAUAUAGCAGAGACAGGCAUUACGAUACCAGAUGUUGUCUUUGUAAUUGAUACUGGGAGAACAAAAGAAAAUAGGUACCAUGAAAGUAGCCAGAUGAGUUCCCUGGAGGAGACCUUUGUUAGUAAAGCUAGUGCUCUGCAGCGACAAGGAAGAGCUGGGCGUGUUAGGGAUGGAUUCUGCUUCCGAAUGUACACGAGAGAAAGGUUUGAAAGUUUCAUGGAAUAUUCUGUUCCAGAAAUACUGCGUGUGCCUUUGGAAGAAUUAUGCCUUCAUAUUAUGAAAUGUAAUCUUGGCUCCCCUGAAGAUGUCCUUGCCAGAGCAUUAGACCCACCACAGCAGCAAGUAAUUGGUAAUGCAAUGAACCUCUUGAGGAGGAUUGGGGCUUGUCUGUUAAAUGAGCCCAAGCUGACUCCAUUGGGCCAGCACCUUGCAUCCCUUCCUGUCAAUGUAAAGAUUGGCAAAAUGCUGAUAUUUGGUGCUAUAUUUGGCUGCUUGGAUCCUGUGGCAACUCUGGCUGCUGUUAUGACAGAAAAAUCCCCGUUUACUACACCAAUUGGUCGAAAAGAUGAAGCAGAUCUUGCAAAAACAUCUCUUGCCAUGGCAGUUUCAGACCAUAUAACAAUCUACAAUGCCUAUCUGGGGUGGAAGAAGGCUCGACAAGAAGGGGGGUAUCGUGCUGAAAUUACUUACUGCAGAAGAAACUUCUUAAAUAGGACUUCACUUUUAACUCUGGAGGAUAUGAAGCAGGAACUCAUAAAGGUGGUCAGAGCAGCAGGGUUCACAGCCCCUACAAUGCAAUGUGGAUGGAAUGGAAAUGGAGCCACACAAUCCCUUUCUCUCCAAGAAAUUGCUCUUCUGAAAGCUGUGUUGACUGCAGGGCUGUAUGACAACAUAGGAAAAAUAAUAUAUACAAAGUCUGUGGAUAUUACGGAGAAGCUGGCUUGCAUUGUAGAAACUGCUCAGGGUAAAGCUCAAGUGCAUCCCUCCUCUGUAAACCGAGAUUUGCAGACAUACGGGUGGCUCCUCUACCAGGAGAAGGUGAGGUACACUAAGGUGUAUUUGAGAGAGACUACUUUAAUAUCCCCCUUUCCCAUUUUGCUUUUUGGUGGGGAUAUAGAGGUCCAGCAUCGGGAGCGUCUCUUGACAGUUGAUGGCUGGAUCCAUUUUCAGGCUCCUGUAAAGAUAGCAGUAAUUUUCAAACAGCUGAGAGUUCUUAUUGAGUCUGUUUUAAAAAAGAAGCUUGAAAAUCCUAAAAUGUCACUUGAAGAUGACAAGGUGUUACACAUCAUCAAAGAACUGAUAAAAACAGAGAACAGUAAUUGAAACCAGAAUCGGUAACAAACCAGAGCUUCAGUAAUGGCUGGGGAAAUACACACUCCAACAUUAACUGAAAGUAUUUAAAAGCUUAGUGUGGUUGAUACCAGCUGUGACAUGGAAAGACUGCAUGACUUUACAUAGAAUUUACCUUUCUGUGUAUGAUUUUUAAGGAUGAACAUUGAAUACGUUUAGCCUUUACAGUACAUUUGGUGCCAUUUGUCUGACUGCAUGAAUGAUGGAUGAAAGCAAUUUAUUUUCUGGCCUUUCAUUACUUAAAGGGGGCUUACAAGAAAGAUGGGGACAAACUUUUUACCAGGAUCUGUUGCAGUAAUACAAGGGUAGAUUUGGACUGGAUGUAUGGAAAUUUUUUUUUUUUUUUUUUUUUCAAUGAGGGUGAUGAAACACUGGAACAGGUUGCCCACGGAGGUGGCAAAUGCCUGAUCCUCCGAAACAUUCAAAAUGAGUUUGGACAGGGCUCUGAGUGCCCUGAUCUAGUUGGUGUCCCACCCAGUUCAUUGCAGAGGGAUUGGAUUAGAUGACACAUCUUUUGGUCCCUUCAAACCCAAACUAUUCUAUUAUUUUUUAAAUACAAAAAAGUUCCUCUUUUGUUCAAUGUCCUAAUAUACUAUCACCAGUGGUGCAGACUGUAGUAAUGAUUGAAGAUUGGGUCCUGAAUCUCAGUUUAAGAAAAUCCCACUAAAUGUGUGCAAACAGAAGACAAGUAUUUCUUAUGUGGGUUUCCUAAGUGGUAUUUUUUAAUCUAUGAUUUUACAGCAUUAAAGCAAUACAUCUAUAAGAUGUCUUAAUUUUUCUGUAUGGUUUACAUUUAGGGGAUACUUUAUAAGAUAGUAUGGACUGCCAUGAAGAGGUGCUCAGCUGAGUGUUGACCAGCUGCCCCUCCCCAUCCUCUGCCUCUUGUCACACUUGUUCCUUCCUGUUCGCCCUGAUCCUUAUCUCUCCUUGCUACUGUAAUAAGUUUUGCUGCCCCUUUCCUAUUGUAAGUUUUGCACAACCCUGCCAGCCCCAUCAAAAUUAUUAUCAUGGAUAUUGUGUUUUUCCCCCUUUUUUGGUCAAAAUUCACAUGAUUCUCCAAGGUUAUACCAAAGCAGUUCCUUUAAAUGGUUCAUCAAGCCAUGGCUGAGGCCUUCUGGUCUUCAUUAUUUGUUUUAUACUGGCUACUCCUUAAUCAGGUAACUUAACAAACCAGAUGCUCUUACAUCCUACCUGUUCACACAAUUUACAAUUAUGAAGUGAAAUUCUAGAUCACUAACUCAGCUAUUAAGAAUGAGGGCAGGGAGGAGAGUUUGUCAUCAAAUGAUUGCAGUCUGUUAGGAACUCUGGUAUAGGACAGAAGAUACCUUUUGGGGUUUUUUUAGAUCUGAAAAUACACUCUUAGACUCUGCCAUACGAAAUAUGUACAGAAAGAGCACUGAUGAAAAUGCCUGAACAUGCAAAAUAUGUGGAGCUACCCAGUUAGACUGUCACAGCAGAACUGAUACUGCUCUGCUAAGAGAGAAGCACAAGCUGAAGUUAAAGCAGCUUCUGCGUAUUACCCUGCACUCAAUUCUGGAAGAGGCAAGUUCUCCUAAUAGUAGCUUGCUAACAAUUCUGAGGGAAAAGUUAUUGCAUCUGUUACUGUUUAAUUAAUUGUGAUAAACUAAUGGAACUCCUAAUUUCCUAGAAAAGCCAGGAAGUACUUUAUUAAAAAAAUAUCAUAAAUCAUACAAAAUUUAUGCAAGGAAGUAUUUAAAAAAUUGUUUUUUCUUCAGACUUCAAUUUUGUGCUUUGUAUUCCUGGACACAUUAUUCUUUCAUGUCAGAACAUGGAAAAAAAAAGCAAACUGCAUUCCUUGAAGAUAAAUAUUAAAUCUGCACCCUGAAGUAUUUAUUACAUUUUGGUUUGGUUGAGGCUUUUUAUUUGUAUCCUUUGGAAACAUUAAUUAGAAAUACAUUUUGGUAAUUCAACAACUAACAAGCACUUCGUUGGUUUUUUUUAAGUUUGCAUAUGAGUUGUUGGAUUUGAAUGGCUAAAUUCUAGUGAAAGUGUUAAUUGUCCUUGAAUUCUCCCUUAUUUGUGUUUAGUAGAGUUUUUGCUCUAUUUAUGUAUGGUCAUGUUGAAAUUCAUGAAAUUCAGAAGCAUUCUUUGUGUUCCUCUAGCAUGCCCUGCUUUGUUACCUUUUAAAGAAAUUGCUUCUUUCAGGUGUUAUUAUGGGGAUGUACUGUAAGAAUAAGGAAAUUUCUCACUCAGGAGAGUGCACAGUUUUCUGCAAAUCAGAUGAAAUAGAUCCCACUGUGGUGUACAGAUAAGUACAGCUACCUUAAAAUUAAGAAAAAACAACCAAGAUUAUAGUGACUUUCUGCUUCUGCAGUGUAUGGUGAGCAACUUUUGUGCCUGUUCUUUUGGGUGGAUGAACUUUCUCUUUUGUUGCAUUUAUUUAAUAAAUACUUCUCUUAACA